GGCCGGGCCCGCCUCCCCGCGGCCGAGAGGCUCGGCGCCGCGGCCGCCCCUGAGAGGAGCCCCUGAGGCGGCGGCGGUGGCGGUGGCGGUGGCGGGCACUAGACUAAUGGUUUCAAGAUGCCAGGGGGUGCAACAAUCUCAUUCAGCUGUGUGGAUUCUUCUCUUUCAUCUUUGAAAAAUUGCCAGUCUUACAUUAACACUGGAAUGGAUAUUGCUACUCGUGUUGCCCUUGACCUCGUGGAAAGUCUCAAUGAUGUAGAAGAGGUUAGCAAUAUGGAAAAUGUGAUGUUAGAAUAUGCCGCAAUGGACAGAGAACUUAAUCAUUAUAUGAGAGCAAUUGAAGAAACGGUCAGUCAGAUGAAACGGGAUAAACCGGAAAACAUACCAGAUUUGCAAUACUUAGUAAAAGAAAAAUUUACAGCAUUGGAGAGCAAGAACAGUGACUCAGAUUUGCAAAGGAAUGAAAAAUAUAUAUAUUUUAAGGAUCAACUUAAACAAAUGAGAAAACAAUUUUGUCUUCAAUCAGAUAAUAAUGAUAAUGAGGACAUUGAACAAAUCGAUGAAGAUAUAGCUGUGACUCAGAGUCAGAUGAACUUUAUUUGUCCCAUUACACAGAUGGAAAUGAAGAAGCCAGUUCGAAACAAAGUCUGUGGUCAUAUCUAUGAAGAAGAUGCCAUUCUAAAAAUUAUCCAGGCUCGAAAGCAGCAAAAGAAGAAAGUCCGCUGCCCUAAAAUUGGCUGUAGCCAUGCUGAUGUAAAAAGAUCAGAUCUUGUGCCAGAUGAAGCACUUAAAAGAGCGAUUGACAGUCAGAAUAAACAAAGCUGGUCAACACUGUAGAAGUCAGCUGGAUACGCUGUUGCCACAAAGAAAAUUUGUUAUUAGAGGUCUUGUGAGAUAAGCUGCUGAUUGUAAGCAGGUUGUGUAACUGAUUGUUAUUUAAAGUGUUUCAUUUAUAGGCAAAGUUGAAGGUCUCAGCUGCAACUGAAAGCAUUCUUAAACUGCCAAAUAUGAAGAAUUCCAGUUUAACUUGUUUUUUCUUUUCCCUUCCUGAAACUCUGAAAGCUUGCAUUUGACAAAUAAAAUGUGUUUUGCAGCAUUUAA